GAAUGGCUUUAGUUGGAUGCUGGAUUUUCACGGCGGAGUUGCGAGUGCAUGGGCGGCUCACUUCUCUGUCGAGAGUCAAGAAGGGCUGUCCGGAAAACAGGUUCACCAACUAGGAGGCAAUCUGUCAUAAAUAGCUAUUUUUCGGAAUAUUGUUAUGGGAUUUUCUAUGGCCAGCAUUGGGGCAGAUGGUGUGAAGCAGUGCGUCUCCUCGUCUGCUGACCGUGGCGCGAGUUCACUUCCCGCGAGCUUGAACCGUGACCUCUGACCUUACCAUGGACAGGCAGUUCAUCCCGCAUCGCCCCGCCCUCUUCCUGUGAGUUAUGGACGUGUGAUAAGAGCUGACAGCUGGAUGGUUGCUGGGUAGCGGAGCGGGCGUGUCCUCUCGUGAAGGCGGUAAGUGGCUGAUGGCGGUGUAAUGGGGCGGGACGGUGGGAUUCUGCUUGCGGAGGACGCGGCGAGGGGAAAAUGAGCGAUCGGAGCCCCAGCACAGACAGAGCGAAUCCGCCGGGGGGGGCGGGGGGGCACGCAAGCGUGCAGUCUGAUGAGCCCCUCGCCAGAGCCACGGGCCCCCCCGGAAACAAGGCCAACGGGACGCCGGCUCGGCCCAAAAUGGGGGUGCGAGCGAGGACAUCCGAUUGGCUCCCCAGGACAGAGGGCUGGGAGGGCCGGCCGCUGACCGACCGCGAGGCGGCGACGAGCUUUCAGAACGGCGCCCGCGGGGACGCCCCCCCGAACUCCGGCGACCCUGCGCUCCGAUACUCGCUGGACAACCUCCUGAGCGUCCUCCCCGCCCGCGGGCUGCACCCCGUCCUGCAGCGGAGCAGCAGCGACGUCACCAUCAGCGACAUGGACGCCGACGACCCCGCCGACCGCCGCGCCCUCAACCCCAACACGGGCGCGUCUCUGCGCCGGGCGUACGGCAGCGCCUCCUCCAUCGACCAGCAGGGCGUGUGUGAGGACGGGCUCCUCACCGCGCUGUGGGGGGGCCACGCCGACGCCCCGCCCGCCCGCGGCCCCUCCGCCCCCUCCCCCAGCCUGCAGACGGCCGCGCAGAUCGCCCGCGGGGAGAUCGCCAUGGACGCCGCGCCCCCGCACGCGCACGAGCGGGAGAAGGCCGUCUGUCAGCGGCGGAGGGCGGACCCCUCCGAGACCGCCUCCCUGUUCCGGAAGCUGCGGGGCGGGCGGGGCGAGCAGGAGGGGGCGCGGCUCCCCGGCGAGCAGGACGGGGCGCGGCGGCGGCACGGAGCUCGGAAGUGCUUCGCUCACUACGACGUGCAGAGCGUCCUCUUCCACGUCGGCGAGGCGCUGGCCAAUCGCGGCAGCCCGGGAAGGAGGAGGAACACCUCCACGGGGGCGUCGGCCGCCUCGCAGCACCCGCCCCCGGGGGGCGGGGCCCCGGCCGAGCCGGCGCGGGGAAGCCGCGAGGACCUGGGGGAGGAUCGCGACGCGGACGAGGGCGACGGGAAGAGCAGCGAGCUGCUGCUCAGCUGCCCCUUCUUCCGCAACGAGGUCGGGGGCGAGGGCGAGAGGCGGAUCUCGCUGUCCCGGGCCAGUGCCCCCCCGUACGGCGCCGGGGAGGGCUGCUCCUUCGAGUCCUCCCUCAGCUCCCACUGCACCAACGCGGGCGUGUCCGUGCUGGAGGUCCCGCGCGAGAACCAGCCCAUACACCGGGAGAAGGUCAAGCGCUACAUCAUCGAGCACAUAGACCUGGGGGCCUACUACUACCACAAGUACUUCUACGGGAAAGAGCAUCAGAACUACUUUGGCGUGGAUGAGAACCUGGGACCCGUGGCGCUGAGCGUCCGUCGGGAGCGGCUGGAGGACGGCAGGAGUAAGGAGGGAACGCAGUACGCCUACCGCAUCACCUUUAGAACCAGCGAGCUCACCGCUCUGAGGGGGGCCAUCCUGGAGGACUCGGUCCCCUCCACAGCGCGGCACGGGACUGCCCGGGGGCUCCCGCUGAAGGAGGUGCUGGAGGAGGUGCUGCCCGAGCUGAACACACAGUGCCUCCGCCUGGCCCUGAGCUCCCCCCACGUCUCCCAGCAACUGGUCCGGCUCGACGAGCAGGGGCUGAGUUUCCAGCACAAGGUGGGGGUGCUGUACUGCCGGGCGGGGCAGAGCACGGAGGAGCAGAUGUACAAUAACGAGAGCGCUGGCCCGGCCUUCACACAGUUCCUGGACCUGCUGGGACAGACAGUCCGACUGAAGGGCUUCAGCAAGUACAGAGCGCAGCUGGACAACAAGACUGAUUCUACAGGGACCCACUCCUUGUACACCACUUAUAAGGACUAUGAGCUCAUGUUCCAUGUGUCCACCAUGCUCCCCUACACACCCAAUAACAGACAGCAGCUUUUGCGCAAACGGCACAUAGGAAAUGACAUCGUCACCGUGGUGUUCCAGGAGCCCGGAGCCCUCCCCUUCACCCCCAAAAACAUCCGCUCCCAUUUCCAGCACAUCUUCAUCAUCGUCAGAGUCCACAACCCCGGCACUGAGAGUGUGUGCUACAGUGUGGCGGUGUCGCGGUCUAAAGACGUCCCCCCCUUUGGCCCCCCCAUCCCCAAGGGGGUGACCUUCCCCAAGUCGGCCGUGUUCCGGGACUUCCUGCUGGCCAAGGUGAUCAACGGCGAGAAUGCCGCGCACAAGUCAGAGAAGUUCCGCGCCAUGGCCGCCCGCAUGAGGCAGGAGAGCCUGCGCGACCUGGCCGCCAACUUCGCCAGCGGCGCCGCCGUCGACUCGGGCGCCAAGUUCAGCUUCAUCUCGCUGGGCGCCAAGAGGAAGGAGAAGACCCGCCCCCGCCACGGCGCCCACCUCUUCAGCGUCGGCGCCAUCACCUGGAGCGUCCUGGCCCGAGACUUCGCCCGGUCCGCCCACCUGGAGAGCCUGCUGGCCGUCUCCAACGAGUUCAUCGUGCUGAUCGAGGAGGAGUCCGGGAACGUGGUCUUCAACUGCUCCUGCCGCGACGUGAUUGGCUGGAGCUCGGCGGCCCUGAGCCUCAAGAUCUUCUACGAGCGUGGAGAAUGCGUCAUGAUCUCUGCUCUGGAGGACUGCCAGGAGGACAUCAGGGAAAUAGUUCAGCGUUUGGAGGUUGUUUCUCGCGGCUGUGAGACUGUGGAGAUGACUCUGCGCAGGAACGGGCUGGGCCAGCUGGGUUUCCAUGUCAACUUCGAGGGCAUCGUGGCGGACGUGGAGCCGUUCGGCUUCGCCUGGCAGGCGGGGCUCCGGCAGGGCAGCCGGCUGGUGGAGAUCUGCGCCGUUGCCGUGGCUACGCUGACACAUGAGCAGAUGAUUGAUCUGCUGCGCACCUCAGCGACCGUGAACGUGGUGAUCAUCCAGCCACAAGAGGAUGGUACACCAAGGAGGGGCUGCUCUGAGCUCUACAGGGUUCCCAUGGUGGAGUACAAGCUUGACAGUCAGGGGACCCCCUGUGAGUACAAGACCCCCUUCCGGAGGAACACCACCUGGCACCGCGUGCCACCCCCAGCGGGACAGGCCAUCCCCCGCGCCUCCCCCACCCUUCAGCAGGCCUCACCCUCGCUCCCCCGAACCGCCUCCUUCGACAGGAAGCUGCCCGAUGGCUCCAGGGGGGCUCAGGAUGCAGACACCCCCCAGCCCCCCCUCUGCAGUAAGGGGGACCUCACUCUUCAGUACCGCUGUUCCCCUAGCAACCAGUCCUCCUCCAGCGACCCAGGACUCUGCGGCAGCGGGCAGCCCGGGUUCGAGACGCUGCAGGAGCACGCAGCCGACGGCCGUGGUGGCUAUGGCGACAGGGACACACUGAGAGAGGUGGUGCUGGAGCGAGCUCGAUCUGCCGAGGCCAAAUGGCACAGCCCCUCCACCAAAAUCCUCAACUCCCUGAAGAGCGAGGGAGGCAAGGACUCCCCCAGCAAGCUGUCCCGUGUGGGAGAGAGGAGCUGCUCCAGCCGCUCCAGCAGUAACACACUCUCCAGCAACGCGUCCAGCGGCAGCGAUGACAAGCGCUUCGGUUCGGGGGACCUGAUGGACCCCGAGCUCCUGGGACUCACCUACAUCAAGGGCGCAUCCACGGACAGCGGCAUCGACACCGCCUCCUCCUGCCUGCUGGCUCCGCCCCUGGCGGGUUUGGUGGGUGCUCGGGUUGGCCUGCAGUGGGGCGAGCUCCCUGAGGACAGCGGCCUAGAAGAGGAGUCGGCCAAGAUCUAUUUGCCUUCAGGCCACGCCUCCUCAGUUACUGCCCCUCCCCUCGCAGGCGGGAGCAUCGGGGACCUCAGUGAGAUCUCCUCCCAGUCCAGUGGUUCCCAUCACUCUGGCAGUCCCGCCAUGCGAGGUCGUAAGAUCAGCAGCUCUCUGGACCAGUCCAGGGUCUACAUCGUCCCGCAGGGCUCCGUGCUCCCCGGAACAGGUCCCGACGUGCGCACGUACCCCCGCCAGCCCCCGGCUAGCAAAUACCUGAUUGGAUGGAAGAAAGCAGAGGACAGCCCCCCUCUUGAAGAGCAGGGGAACCUGGUGGAGUGUGGGCGGCUGUACGCGGCUGAGGCGACCUGCCGGCUCCGGGCAGCGGGGCGGGGCCCUCGCCUCCACCACAGCCUGUCCAAGGAGGAGCACCUGAGGAUGAUGCUGGACAGCCACCAGCAGGAGAACAGCAGGAGAGCGAUGUCGGCAGCAGGCAGUCUGUCCCCACACCGCUCGCUGUGCCGCACGCUGUCGGACGAGAGCGUGUGCGGUAACCGGAAAAGCUCCUCCUACAGCGGCUCCCACAGCUCGGCACUGGACCACGCCCUGCCCAACGACAUCCUGUUCAGCACCACGCCCCCCUACCGCUGCACCCUUCCCCCCCGAACGGCUGCUGGUCAGGGGGCCGCCAACCUGAGGAAUGAGGUCUGGUUCUCUGACGGCUCCCUAGUGGACCGGACCAAGUUCUGUGAGCCGAGCAUCAUGCCACUCCCUGACACGGUGACCGGCCUGGACUGGUCUCACCUGGUGGACGCAGCGCGGGCAUUUGAAGACCAGCGUGUGGCGCCCUUCUGCACCCUGACGGACAUGCAGCGGGCGGAGGCUCUGCAGAUCUCACAGGAGCUGCGCAGACGAGCAGCGGGAGUAGAAGCAGCUGUGCUGGAGCCAGGGGAUAGCUCUCCAGCCAUCCUCACUGAUAAAGUGAACCAGUUGGAAGUGAUUCUCAGACAGCUGCAGUAUGACUUGCAGAAGGUAAGAGCAGACAGCUUCUGUGUGUGUAUGUGUUUCAGGUGUGUGUGUGUGUUUCAGGUGGAGGUGUGUGUGUGUGUGUUUCAGGAGAAGGAGGAUAAGGCGGUGUUGGAGGAGGAGGUGCAGCACCUGCGGCAGGAUAACAUGCGGCUGCAGGAGGAGAGCCAGACAGCCACCGCCCAGCUGAGGAAGUUCACUGAUUGGUUCUUCCACUCCACCGACAAGAAACCAUGAAGAAGCCCCUGCCCCUGGGACAAAAGGAUCUCUGCUCUGCCCAGGACACGCCCCCUUGCACUAGAAUGUAAAACUUUAAGAGUUUAUAAGCUGUACACUGUUAUGGGCAUGGCUGUUAAAUAAAUAGUUGUGGACCUGACUGUGUAAAACACACACAUUUAUGGGCCUGACUAUGUACUGUAAGAGACACUUGACGGACACUUGAUGGCCCUGACUGUGUAAACUACACACUGUUGCGGGCGUGGCUGUGUAAACUACACACUUGUGGGCGUGGCUGUGUAAACUACACACUGUUGUGGGCGUGGCUGUGUAAACUACACACUGUUGUGGGCGUGGCUGUGUAAACUACACACUGUUGUGGGCGUGGCUGUAGUGUCUGUCUGUGCUCUCAAAGGAUGUGCAGUACUUGGAGCUUAAUGAGGGAAGAAGGUUCCGGAAACACAGGAAGUCCCUCCCGUCCAGGGCAGGAAUCACUGGGGAAUGAAGCUGGGUGCUCCUAGAGCCGGACCGGGUCAGAACCAUCAGAUCCAAACCAGCGGGCCUCAGAACCACCAGGCUGUAGCUCUGACGUUAGAAGGUGCUCUCUCUAGAUUUACACAUGUAUAAAUACGUGUUUCUUUUCCGUAAGUAGUUUAUUUCCAUGUCCUAGCAAUAAUAAGUAGUGAGUGGGUAGUCACAGAGCUGUGUGUAACAGUUAGCACUAAUGUGAUGAGUUUGUGUCAGAGUGCCACUGUUUUCGCCAUGUUAUUGUACAGGAACUGACGAUCGAUUAUUAUUUUUUCUUUUUUUUUCUUUUUUUUUUCUUUUAAAGAAACACAUGCCCUGUCUGUGACUCACCGUGUGUGUAGUAUGUGAGCCAGUAAGCCUCAUUCACUGCCAAAAUGUGUUUACCUUCGUACAGAAACCCAGAGAACGUGUGUCCCGUUUAACAGCAGUAUUGAAGCCUGUUGUAAACUGCUGUUCUUUUUUUAUUAGGAAUAUUUGUUUUUUCCCUGUUGUUCUGCACUAAGAGAGGGUAAAGCUCUGUGGGGAGGCUGCCAGGGUUAUUAAUCUAAUAACGAUGUUUUUACAAGAUCCCAGCGUUUGGAUGCUGCUUGAUUACAGGUGUGUUUGCUUUUACACGUGUCCGUUUCCUUUAAAGAUGGGACGUUGUUUGCUUUUUUAAAAUAAAUGUAGGUGGUAAAGAUGAA